AUGUCCACCACAACAUACUCAGUAACCAUGACAGAGUUGAAGGAGCCGGCGCACACUAGCAUGUGGGCUCCGAACUACGGCAGUCCUGUUCACAUGGCUGCACCCAGCCGGUUCGGGCAUCACGGCGUCGACUCGAGCAGCAUGCCCAGCCCUGCGGCUGCUGCUGCCGCUGCGCACCUUCAGCACCAGCCUCCGCACCACCACCCCGCCGCACGCCCGAGGAACCCCAGCGUCGACGGCCAUGGCUACCCAUAUGCCCGCUACUCGCAAGAGGAGGCGGACGCCUACGAUAGGCAGCAGCACCACCAAACCCACCCCCACUCGGCGCACCCGGCUCUGUCGACUCACCACAGCUUCCCCAACCUAAAAAGGCCAUACUCGCACACGGAGCAGCCUUACACGGAGAUGGUCCAGGAUCUUCGGGCGGACGACGGAUCGAAAAUGGGCGGCCACCAAGAUCAAAAACUUCUCUCCUUCAAGAAGGUGCAAGACAAGGUCACAGUUGUCGACGCUCAUGGUCGCAUCCAACAGUUGGAAAUGACUGCCCAGCUACAUGGCAUGUUCUUCCUCUCUGAGGGGCCGACCAGCUCCCCUGACGGUACCAUCAUGCAGCCCGAACUUACUUGCUACCGCCGAAACCUCUUCCAAAUUAGCGGCUCGCUCACGACCCCAAAGAGCCAGCUCUCUGUCGUUGUCGAGAACGGCGAGCCUGUACCCGUCAGCAGCACUGAGGUCACUGUCUCUGCAAUUGAAUCGGUAGAUGGCCAUCCCAUCCGCCUGAUUGUUAUUCCUUGGAAGACGCCCCCACCAAACUCGCCCGAGCAGAACCCGGGACCAGACUCGGAGCCGGCACCACUCCCGCUCAUCCCUUGCCAGGACGACGGACAUCCGGAUUCGGACGCAGAAUUUGCUGUCUACCCGAUUGGCUGGAGGCGGCUUCAGUUCAGGGUCGCAACGGCCAACAACGGACGGCGAAAGGAACUUCAGCAGCACUUCAUUCUGCACCUGAAGGUGAUGGGGACUCUCACAAACGGAGACAAGGUGGUCAUGGCUGAGGCCACAACAGCUCCCAUUGUUGUUCGCGGCAGGAGUCCACGAAACUUCCAGACACGCAAGGAGAUUCCCCUCCUUGGGUCGAGUGCAGGAUCUCGCGGUCAGGCUCUUGUUGAGACGGGAGUUGGUAUGGUCACAGGAGCCAUGUCCAUCAAGGCGCAAGACAAGUCAAGGUCACUGAACUUGGACAUGCCACGGUCGGCUUUCACAUUCAGCGCCGGAGGGCCCAAGAUGCCACCCAGCCCAAUGACCAUGCGGUCCAACUCCUACCCAAACUCAUGGAACGCACCCCAGGUCCAAUCAGCCCCCGGUGGCUACCCGGCGACGUCCAUGUCCGCCGACCCUUACUCGCAGAAGCUCCAGCUCAACACAUCAAACAGCUACACUUCUGAGCCGACUGAGCUGACGCCGCAAACAUCCAUGCCUGCCAUGCAGAUGCCUCUCGCAGCACCAUCUCAUCAACAACCUCCGAUCCGAACCCAGUACGCCUAUGUACCCUCAGGAAGCGCAGCACCACCGCAGCUGUCGAUACAAACCACCUCCACAGAUGGCCUGAGCGUGCCGCGAUACGUCGACAGCAACCCCAGACCAACCAAGAGCCCGCGUCACGCCAGCCACCAGUCCGUGGGCUCAAUCACCAACACCGAGUCGUCGCCCGAGUACCGAUACGGACCUCCCGCACCUUACGGAAUGCACAGCGCCGGAAGUGACAUCAGCCCACACUCGCAGCAGCCCCCUACCCCUUACGGUGCCGCACCACCCGUGUCUUCCGGGCCAUCAAUGGCACAGAGCACCUCGUCUGCGGGCGUCAACUCGGUGUACACGCCCACAACUGGGCCUCCCAGUGCCAGCGGUCACGGCGAAUCCAAUCCCCAAUCUUCCACAGCGAUGAACCCUCCGCCGCGUGACUACUUCCCCUCGUCUAGCUCGUGGACAACCACGGCAGGAGAGGCGCCGUCCUCGACCUCCUACACCAACGGCAGUGAUGCGAGCCGGCCGUAUGCAUAUUCAGACUACAACAAAGUCGGCGGUCAGGCGCACUCGUCUGUAAAGACUGAAGCUCACCCCCAGCCCCAGCCGUCCCCGCAACCUCAGUCUCACUACGGAAACCCGCCUGCGUCCGUCUAUCCUUCUCCGUCACACAGGGGCUCUGUCGACGGCAUAAGCCACUACUCGUGGAAUGCUACCAACUGA